AUGGCCGCCGAAAGACCUGUAAAAAAACCACAAGAUGCUCUCCUUCGACAUCAUCUCAUCGACGGCUGUCACCAUGGCUCUAUGCGUGGAAAUGCACAACUCCAAAACGAUCCUAGGCUUGAAAACGAAAAUGAAAGUCCCGAUAAUGCCGCGGAGAAUUGCGACUUGGACGAAAUAGCUCCCAUCGCUCCCAUCCCGUUGCCAGACGGCUUAAUCGAUCAUGAUAGCCUAGAGCGCAUCCGACAAACGGAGAUCGAACUUAAGGGUGAAGAGACUCGCGUUCCGGAUAAGACCUUGCCUACCACCGACAAAGCCCUUUCGUUGACUACAAAACUUCACACCCACUCCUAUCUCAUCCUUUUCUCCAUCCUGGGAACGCUCGCCAGAGAGGGCAUGACAGCACUGCUCGUCUAUCCCGGGGCACCGGUCAUCUUCCCAACUCUAUGGGUGAAUUUUGCAGGGUGUCUUGUCAUGGGGUUCCUAGCCGAGGACCGUAUGCUGUUUCGCCAUGAAUGGGGUCCUGACACCAGAGGAACGGUCUCAGCCACGGAUUCAGAGAGUACAGACCUUGAGGCAGCAAAAAAGUCACAUCUUAACGUCAAAAAGACCUUGCCCCUCUACAUUGGUCUUUCGGUUGGGUUCUGUGGCUCGUUUACAACUUUCUCGACAUUCAUCCUCGAUUCCUUUCUCGCCCUCUGCAACGGACUUGAAACUCCUCCUGCGCCAACAUCUGACCGGAAUAAAGGUUACUCGUUCUGUGCGCUUGCAGCCGUGGUCUUACUCACUAUUCAUGUCUCUUUGGGUGGUCUCUUUCUCGGUGCCCAUCUUGCCAUAUUUGCUCAAGAUAUUAUGCCCUCACUGCCCUAUUUCUUUAUGCGCAAGGUUUUAGACCCAAUUGCAACCAUUCUUGGCUGGGGCUGUUGGAUUGGAGCGAUACUUCUAUGUAUCUACCCGCCUUCUGAUGACUGGCGCGGAAGUGUCCUGUUCUCCCUGGCCUUGGCCCCUCUAGGUGUAUUCACGAGAUUUUACCUUGCAGUCUUUCUGAAUGGCAAACUCCCAACUUUUCCAUUGGGGACAUUUGCUGCCAACGUUGUUGGCACUCUGAUCCUCGCUGUGGUCUGGGACUUAUCUCAGAUUCUUUCAAGGCCUUCCCUUGGAUACCAGUUGCUUGAGGGCGUCAAGAAUGGCUACUGUGCAGUCGUUACUACCGUGUCCACUCUUGCUCUCGAGCUCUCUUCUCUCCAACGAAAACACGCUUAUAGAUAUGGUACUGUCAGUUUCCUAGUGUCAUUUGGGUUGAUGGUUGUCAUUUCUGGUAGUUUCAAAUGGACACGUUGA